CUCCCUUUGGAGUCAACCAAAGCUUUGACAGUCGAGUGGCGGGACGAGCUACGCAGAAGUUUACGGAAGAUCAGGAACCUAUACCUUACAAUCAAGAAGCAAGCGCAAAGAAAUCAAAUUGGUUUAAAUUAGCUUGUAAAAACGAUAUUGGAUAUUGAAGAUGGCGCUGCGAUCAAAAAUGACGGUGCCUAUAUAUAUUCACCAAGAACGCAACCAAGAUUUUAUUCACCUGAGGCUAACAGAAAGUCUUCUUCGUGCUUUAGAGUCCGUUAAAAAAGAGGUAAGCGCUUGGUCACGCCUUAAUUUUUGUAGAGAGGCAGUAUUACUCUAGUUUGCGACGAACAGCAAAAUCUGGUAUGUUCACAUGUUGUUAUGUUUAUAGAAAUAUUACUAUUGUAAAGUUGGUUUAUCAUUCGUCCGUUGGAUAUCACAUAUUUCCUGGUUUCGUGUUUAUAGGUGUCGUGUGUAAGCAGAAAACUUUUCAAGAAUAUGCCUUUUUAUUGAGAUUCUCCGAGUGAUUUGACUUUUGGAGUAUCUAAACCACCUAGGCACACUAGUUUUCCUUGACGCACCUUUCGCAAAAAAACCUCCAAAAAAAGGACGAGAGACAGCAUAUACUGCCAUCAAGCCUUUUGGGGACCCUUUUAUUGUGGGCUGCUUGUCGCAGUAUUUUGGGACUUUCUUUAGUAUCGCAUUAUUUCUAAAUAACUUGCAAGAAUAAGCCUUUGAUCCCCAUUUGGAAUCGAUGUCGGAGAGUUUUUGGUGUACUAAUCAAAAGUGAUUGUUCGCACUGACGGGUGUGUAGCCUGAGUUCGUAGGUUGUUAGGCGUACUUGGUUUGGCUGUGCUGUAUACAUGUUCGAAAGUGAAAAUAAGUCCUCAUUCCUGGAUGGGGUUGCAUAAUGUUACUUAGAAGCCUCAAAGCUUUAGUAUUUUGAUUUGUUUGACAAACAUGGAUCACAUCGUAAAUUUAUUGUCAGCUCAUGAUGUGAAGAAGAUUGUAGUGAAUACUACGGAAGUUGAGGAGGUAUACGAACUUGAAUGUGAACAUAGUUCAACGUACCUUACACUUGCUACUGUGGAGAAAUCAGCGGGAGAAUUUCUGGGUGAUAUCAACUAUAAAUACAGAACUAAAGCAACUAGUGACAGUUUUGUUAAGGCUCGCGAAAAUCUUGUUAAAGAAGUGGAAAAUACUCGUCAACAAAAGUUAGAAGUUUUAGAUUAUCAGUUGAAAGUAGCUUCCUCACUUAGAGAUAAACGCAAUACAAAAACUGAAAGAAAUCUUCAGAGGAAUUCAGUUUCGAAACCUGCGUUGAAGAAGCUGAAAGUGUCAGAAACUGAAAAUGUAACCAGGAUGCCUGCCACUCGAUCAAAAAUUCCCCGUAAGUUGGAUGUAACUCCUAAAAUGACUAAUGGAGGCAGUCAAAAAUUAUCUGGCAUUACAUCUCCUUCGACUCCAAUAUGUCCGGUUAAACGAGCAAAGACUCGUGUUAAAUCAACUGAACAAAAGGCUACUGUUGAAAAAGAUCCUUUGAAAGAAAUUGAAGCAGUUAUUCACAGGAAGUGUGUAUCAGCGAUACGAAAAAGACAAAGAUUGGAACAACGUCUCUGCAAAGCUUAUAAAACAAUUGAUGAGAAGAAAAGAGACAAAGAAUUAGAAAAGAUUAAAGCUGAUUUAUGCGCAUUUGUGGAUGAAUUGUAUAAUGAUGAGUUACUACGAAAGUGGAUACCUGUUCCGGUUGAAUCUGUCUAAUUGAUUCGAUGUAUAUUGCCGUCUUUACAAACACUACUCCUUUUUUAAAAUAAGUACUUGACAAUAUGUAAAGUAUUUUCCAUAGUAUAUGUACAUUUUUAUUGUAUAUAUUGUACAUAAUAAUACAAAUAAAUUAAUCCUUAGAUG